CACUUCAUCGCCUGACGUAACGUAACAAUCCAACAUCCGUCUUCCACAUCUCAAGCGAAAUAAUCAGUCAAAUUCGAAAUCUAUCAAAUUCUCAGAGCAAUCAUCACAGCUAAAAAAGAUCCAGAAUGAUUGACCAUCGAAUCUUCGAGGACCUUCAAUCGAAGAUCGAUGAAGAAACCGCCGUCCGCGAUGAACUUCAUGAUAUCGUGCAGACGCUUGCACAAAAAGGACGAUCCACGCAAGCUAUUCUCUCGCGUGCGCACUCGACGCCUGCUGAUCAGUUGAAACCCGUUCUCGACGACGUGACCAGGACAAUCUUGGCCCAGAGAGAUGAGGUUUCGCGGCUGAAGUCUGUGGCGGAUAAGCAUCCUUUUUACAAGUAUAAUGGGGUGUGGACGCGGGAGCUUCAGAAUCUGGUCUCGUCGAUUGAGCUAUGCGCCUGGUUGGGCGGUCUGCAGGAGUACAAGUCAGCCCCUUCGGCCUCGUUUCUGACCAUUGAAGAGGUGGGCAGGUUUCUGGGCGUGCCCGUCAACCUGAAGGAGGAAGAUGCGUUCCAUUUGACCAUCGAGGAGUAUCUGCUUGCGUUGAUCGCCAUGGUGGAAGAGCUGUCUCGCCUUGCCGUCAACUCUGUCACGCUGGGUGAUUACACCCGGCCCAUGCAAAUCAGCAACUUCAUCAAGGAGCUGUUCGCCGGCUUUCAGUUAUUGAAUCUCAAGAACGACAUCCUGCGGAAGAAGAGUGAUGGCAUCAAAUACAGUGUCAAAAAGGUGGAAGACGUUGUCUACGAUUUGUCGUUGCGUAAUUUGAUCCCCAAGAAUGGUCCUACUGCUUGAUUACACUGUCGACAUGGACGUAUUCGCGUCGACAAAACAUUCAGAAGAGCUCAAUACAAUCUGGUAUGUAUGAAUAAAUGCUGCAAGUAAGAUUAUAGCAAU